AUGAAGUUAUUAGUCAGUCACAUACGAUUAUUAAACGUUAUCUGUGUCUUAAAUAUUAUUUUACUGCGGAAAAAUGCUGCGAAUGCAGAAACUUUCACAAUUGGAUAUCUGACGGGAUCGCAACGCAAGCCGGGCGACAUGGAAUACGACAGACCUGGCUUACGAAUAUCUGGCGCUAUAUCUCUCGCCUUCGAAGAAGUCAACGCGCACAAAUUGAAGGAUUACGGUCACGACCUGAAAUUUAUCAUUGCCGAGACAUAUGGCGAGGAAGUUAACAGCAUCCGUCAAACGGCGAAUUUGUGGACGAAAAAUAUCACGGCGUACAUCGGACCGCAGGAAACGUGCGUGCACGAGGGACGUCUAGCAGCUGCCUUCAACCUUCCCAUGAUCUCUUAUUUUUGUACACACCACGAAACGUCACACAAGAAGAAUUUUCCGACGUUCGCACGUACUCGUCCCCCAGACAUCCAAAUUUCGAAGUCCGUUGUCUCGCUGCUGCUCGCCUACAAUUGGACACAAGUGACAUUUAUGUAUUUGCAAUCGGAUGAAAUGGAAAUUUUUAGUACGGUUGCCGAGACGCUGUUGCACACGUUGAAGGAGCAUGGCGUGAAAGUUCGUGCUGUGCACACAUGGAGUCAAGUUUUUCACAUUGGCUACAUGAAAAAUCCAUUUGAUCAGCUUGUCGAAGAGACAUACGUCGACACGAGAAUUUAUGUGAUAUUGGGACAUCAUUUCGAGCAUAUCGGUUUACUGGCGAGUUUGAAGCAACGUGAUUUAUUGGAUAAUGGCGAAUAUUUUGUCGUUGGCGUCGAUUUGGAGCAAUACGAUCCGCAAUCGCCGGACAAAUAUUUGAAAGGUUUGUUGCAAAAUCGACAAAAUCCCCGCAUCGUGGAUGCUUUUCGAUCGUAUGUUGCUAUUGUGCCGUCUGCGCCAGUUGCAUUUGAUGUGUUUGCGGUCGAGGUGAACAAAUAUCUCGAAAUCGAGCCAUUCAACUAUAGAAAUCCUUUGAUCCACGUUGGCGGAACAAAACAGAUUCGUGCGGAAGCUGCUUACUUGUACGAUGCGGUUCACUUGUAUGCCGAUGCCCUGAUAAAGGUCAUAAACGACGGAGGAAAUCCGAAAAAUGGUACUGCGAUUAUUGAUGCCGUGAAGGGUAGGAAAUAUAAAAGUGCAAUGGGUUACAUGGUUUAUAUCGACGAAAAUGGUGACGCUGCGGGAAAUUACACGAUUUUAGCGCGAAAAAUGAUCACAAAUUCAUCGAAAAACGAAUUCGGAUUGUUUCCCAUUGGGACAUUUUCCACUCCAGAAGGACAUUUGCUGCCAAAUUUGCAACUUGUUGAAAGUAUUCAGUGGAUACGAGGGAAGGCACCAGUUGCUGAGCCAGCUUGCGGUUUUCGCGGUGAAAAGUGCAUCAGCUAUACGGGAGAAAUAACUGCCGGAGUCGCUGGUGGCUGCAUCAUUAUCCUCUUUAUAGUUUCCUUGGUGCUCUACAGAAAUUGGCGAUACGAACAAGAGCUCGACAGUCUUUUGUGGAAAAUUGAUUUUAAAGAAAUUGUUAUGCCCGACUCAGAUAAAGAGAAUAAUGGACAGAAACAAACACGAUCAACACAUCCAUUAAUCCGCACGAGUCAAGUGAGCUUAAGUUCAAAUCCCGAUGCAGAUUUUCGUUAUUCGACGAUUUUUACGCCGAUCGGGCUCUACAAAGGACAAUUGUAUGCAAUUAAAAAAGUGAAGAAGAAAAGCAUCGACAUUACGAGGGAGAUGAAAAUGGAACUUAAAAUGCUGCGUGAUAUGAGGCAUGAUAAUUUGAAUGCUUUCAUCGGUGCCUGUACGGAACCCCCAAACAUUUGCAUCAUCACCGAAUACUGUACGAGAGGAAGUUUAAAGGACGUGCUUGAGAACGAAGACGUAAAAUUAGACAAUAUGUUUAUAGCGUCAUUAGUUGCCGAUAUCAUAAGGGGAAUGAUUUACUUGCACGAGUCGCCAUUGAAAUUUCAUGGGCAUUUGUGCACUUCCAAUUGUCUCAUUGACUCACGAUGGGUGGUUAAAAUUGGGGAUUUUGGUUUGCAUGCCUUUAAAGGAGGUUCAGAGGAUGUUACUAACGAGGAUUUGGAUGAGAAAAAGAAGGAUGCGGCAUUUACGAAAUUAUUGUAUCGUGCCCCUGAACUAUUGCGUGCUGGACCCAUUCAGUUAGUUCCUGGCUCCGUCAAAGGCGAUAUUUAUUCGUUUGGCAUCAUUUUGUAUGAGAUUUGUACCCGCCAUGGACCUUUUGGCGAGUUGGAUUGUUCUGCUUUUGAUUGUUUAAAGCGCGUAAUUGAUCCAAUUGACGUCAAAAAUCCGUUUCGUCCUUCACUGCAACCUUUGGAGCUUUCGUUCGACUGCGUACGGCAAUGCGUUCGUGAAUGUUGGGCCGAAAAACCCGAUGAUCGCCCAGAUUUCAAGACAAUUCGAACGAAAUUGCGUCCUUUGAGGAAAGGCAUGAAAAGUAACAUUUUCGACAACAUGAUGGCAAUGAUGGAAAAGUACGCGAAUAACUUGGAACAGCUCGUGGAUGAACGUACGGACCAGUUGCAAGAGGAAAAGAAGAAGACUGAGGCACUUUUGUUGGAAAUGCUUCCGCGACCUGUAGCGGAGCAACUCAAAAAAGGGCACAAAGUCGAAGCGGAAAGUUAUGACGCCGUAACAAUUUAUUUCAGCGACAUCGUUGGCUUUACGGCAAUGUCAGCGGAAAGUACCCCCUUGGAAGUCGUCGAUUUCCUGAACGAUCUUUACACGUGUUUCGACUCCAUCAUCGGGCAUUAUGACGUUUACAAGGUUGAAACUAUCGGCGAUGCUUACAUGGUAGUGUCGGGUCUUCCCAUACGAAAUGGCGAUUUACAUGCUGCCGAAAUAGCGACAAUGUCGUUGCAUCUCCUGAGCGCCGUCUCGGAAUUUCGUAUUCGUCAUCGCCCGAAUGAGCAACUUUUAUUGCGGAUUGGUAUCCAUUCGGGUCCCGUGUGUGCUGGCGUUGUUGGUCUCAAGAUGCCUCGUUAUUGUUUAUUUGGCGAUACCGUCAAUACCUCAUCUCGCAUGGAAAGUACGGGAGCUCCGUUGAAAAUUCACUGCAGCAAAGACUGCAAAAUGCUGCUGGACAAACUCGAAGGAUACCAAUUCGAAAGUCGCGGCUUGAUUCCGAUGAAAGGCAAAGGCGAGCAACAAACGUUCUGGUUAAUUGGCGAAGACGAAGAUGCUCGAGAACGUCGAAAUCACGCACGCAAGGAACGUAGAGGCUCUCGUGCUUUAAAUAAAUACAAGACGAACCAAUUAAACCCUAAUACCAUCGGCUAUCCUCGUAGUUCGAUGAAAAAUCGCAAUGGCGAGAAACGACCUUCGAUUCCGAGAAGCACGAGUUAUGAGUCGCCCAAGAAAUUGAGAUUUGCCACGGGAAGUCUUUUGGAACAGACUCGAUUUCAUCCUCACAGAUAUAGUGACGAUGCCCUGUUGGAAGUCAUUUCGGACUCGAGUCCUCGCAAAUCGAAUGGGUCCGUUGUGAGUGCCGAAGAUUUCACGUCAUCUUGCCCCUGUAUCGAUAAUUUAUGCUUAGAAACGCAACGCUGUGUUAUGACACCUCUUCUCUUGGGAACCGGUAUCGCAUCAAACAAGUAUCUGGAUUAA